GUACAAGUUAAUAAGAAACAGUCUGAAUCCUCGCCUACAAGAGAUGAAACAGCGCAUGAAGAACAUGAUCCUCUUCAAAGUCAUCGAAUUCGACAAGGAAAUUGCAGUGCAAUGGAAUGUGCAGAAACAAUACUUGCGUGCUGCUCUAACAACAAAGAGCGUAUCACCUAUUUUCACGCCAGUGGUGCCAUUCAGCGAAAUGAUCUGUAUUGAUACUGACUUGCGUGCAAUCCUGAUGGCAGCUUUGGCUCCAAAUAAAAAACUUGCGACUUCCAAACUGCAGUCAACAAAUAAGCUCGACUUCAAGUGCCUUAAUCCACGAUUCAUGUGUGAGGGACAUCACUGCCAAUUUUGUUCGGAUGUGGAAACCAUCUCGACAAAAACAAACACGACUGACAUUUAUCACAAUUGCUUGUCUUUUGAGUAAAACGAAAUUUUUCAAUAAAAAGCU